UCACACUGGCAGCGCUGCCCCUUGUUAACAUAUUGCAAUAUAACCUAUUCUCCUAUUCCAAAACUGGUCGUACAAUAAUUGUCUUUUCCCCAAAGUUCAUGGCUAAUCACUAGUAAAUUAAAAUGUCGAAAUAUUCAGAAUUAAUAAAACUUGGAACACAGUACGCUCGUCGCAUGAAUUUUCUGUCGAAUCGGAUAUUUGGAGAAGUGGCGCGACCAACAAACAGCAAAUCCAUGAAAGUCGUCCGAAUGUUCGCCGAGAAGCCCGUACAGCUCCGUGAAGAUGUUGUAAAAUAUUACCCGCGGCACGUUGAAACCCACAUUCUUAUGAAGAAUCUGAGAAAUUAUGGACUUUUCCGAGAUGAGCAUGAGGAUUUCAAGGAAGAAAUGAAGCGGUUGAGGAGGCUCAGGGGUAAGGCGGCUCCAAAGAAAGGUGAAGGCAAACGAGCGAAGAAAUAGGGAUCGUUUUAUAUUUGUAGAGGAAAUUAUUAGUUUAAUAAAUGAAAUUGGGACAAA